CAGGGGCGGGAACCGGGCGGCGGGCGAGGAUGCGCUCAGACCGGGCUCUGAGGUCCUCGCCCCCGCAGGGCGGCGGGGACACCCCGCAGGUGGCCGCACGAGGUGGGCGCGCCGGGUGCCUUGGCGACGCCGGCGGCCUGGGUAGGAUGGCGGAGCUGUGGCUACUGCGCCCGGACGCACAAACACCUGUGGCUUCCUCCGGCUUGGGCCAGGCGCGCCGAUCCACGUGGGCCUCUCGACUCCUGGGCCAGAGGGCCGCUUCUGGGGCCCCCCGAGCUUCCUCGGGGUCUGACUUUGAUGCAAACGGUGAACCCAGCCCCUGGGUGGAGGUGCGAUCUCCGUGCCAAGCUGCGGGCAUCCACUAUCUUUCAAAUCCUCCUGAAUUCCCAGGACCCAGGGCGGAAGCCAUCGUUAGAGGCUGCCCUUGCGCCAAUGAGCCUUCCCAACAUCUCCUCAGCCUUUGAAGACAAGAUGUGUGAGGGGAACAGGACCGCCAUGGCCAGCCCUCAGCUGCUGCCCCUGGUGGUGGUUCUAAGUAGCAUCUCCCUGGUCACAGUAGGUCUCAACCUGCUGGUGCUGUAUGCCGUACACAGUGAGCGUAAGCUGCACACCGUGGGCAACCUGUACAUUGUCAGCCUGUCGGUAGCAGACCUGAUCGUAGGUGCAGUUGUCAUGCCCAUGAACAUCCUUUAUCUCAUCAUGACCAAGUGGUCCCUGGGCCGCCCCCUCUGCCUCUUUUGGCUCUCUAUGGACUAUGUGGCCAGCACAGCAUCCAUCUUCAGUGUCUUCAUCUUGUGCAUUGAUCGAUACCGCUCUGUCCAGCAACCCCUCCGGUACCUGAGGUAUCGAACCAAGACCCGGGCGUCGGCCACCAUCCUGGGGGCCUGGUUUCUCUCCUUCUUGUGGGUUAUACCCAUUCUUGGCUGGCAUCACUUCAUGUCCCCGGCCUUAGAGCCUCGGGAAGACAAGUGUGAGACAGAUUUCUACAAUGUCACGUGGUUCAAGAUCAUGACCGCCAUCAUCAACUUUUACCUCCCCACUGUGCUCAUGCUGUGGUUCUAUGUGAAGAUCUACAAGGCUGUGCGGCGACACUGUCAACACCGCCAGCUCACCAAUGGCUCCCUCCCUUCCUUCUUAGAAAUCAAGCUGAAGUCAGAGGAUGUCAAGGAGAGUACCAAGAAACCUGGGAAAGAGUCACCCUGGGGGGUCCUGAAAAGGCCAUCAAGAGACACUAGUGGAGGAAUGGAUCAGAAGUCAACCUCCGAAGACCCCAAGAAGAUAAACUCACCCACUGUCUUCAGCCAGGGGGAGGAUAGGGAAAUAGUCACACACCACUGUUUCCAUCUAGACACCAUGCAGACACAGACCAUGGCCGAGGAAGGUGGCAGAGGCUCAGAGGCCAUUGGCCAGGCCCUGAGCCAGCCCAAAAGGGAUGAGCAGAACCUGAAUACUUGCCGGCGGAUCAGUGAGACAUCAGAGGACCAGACCUUGGUGGAUCGACAGUCCUUCUCCCGGACCACAGACUCUGACACCAGCAUAGAGCCAGGGCUGGGCAGAGACAAACUGAGAAGCGGGUCAAACAGUGGCCUCGAUUACAUCAAGAUCACCUGGAAGAGGUUCCGCUCACAUUCCAGACAGUAUGUGUCUGGGCUGCACUUGAACCGAGAGCGGAAGGCGGCCAAACAGUUGGGUUUUAUCAUGGCGGCCUUCAUCCUCUGCUGGAUUCCCUAUUUCAUCUUCUUCAUGGUCAUUGCCUUCUGCAACAGCUGCUGCAGCGAACCCGUGCACAUGUUCACCAUCUGGCUGGGCUAUAUCAACUCCACGCUGAACCCCCUCAUCUACCCCCUGUGCAAUGAGAACUUCAAGAAGACAUUCAAGAAAAUUCUGCACAUUCGCUCCUAAGGGCACAGCAAGAGGAUGCCACAUAGUGGGUGGACAGCGUCUGAUGUCCAAGAGGGAACCAGAGGAAGAAAGCAUGGGCGUCACUAGGGCCCUGGGCGUUGGGGAAUAGAAUCUAAGAUCUUGGGCUGAGCAGUAUGGAGGCAUUCCCAGGGACCGUCAGAAGAAGAGCAGGUGGCGGUGGUUGGCAGGAAGAUUGUACUUCGGGUAGAAAGCAGAAUAUUUGAAAGAAGCGACCUGGCAGAGUAUGCCUGGCCCUCAGGAACUGUGGGUGUCUCAGGUGCUCAUGGGAAGUCUGGCUCUGUGAUGUGAGUGAGUUCCUUAGUAACCAAAUCAGGGGAAUGUGUGGCAGAGUUCUUCUAGAGGGUAAGCCUGAACUCGGAGAAUUCCCAAGCAAGAGCUAUGUGACUGCAGAGACAUACACACAGAUGCUGUCCCCUCCCAGGGGUCACCUGGAGAGGCAUGGCAGCUAUUCCACUGCAUCCACCACUUCUCAGAACACAGCUCUUCUGAGCCUCUCCUACAGCUUUCUCCAGGGCUGUCUGGUCUGCCCCACCCUGGAACCUGCCUUACCUGUGUCUCAGAGUUGCUAGGAAAUUAGGCAGCUUGCAAGUCCAUCCUUCUCAACUCCUAAUUCCUUCUGGCUCUUAAAAUGGUAACAACAGCAGCAGCAGCAGCAGCAACAACAACAACACACAGUGACAAGAACUGACCUCAAAAAUCAGGAGGAGGAAGUGGUUUUUGAACAGUUGCGUCUUAAAAGCAAAGCAAAAUAAAGGCCAGAGGCUUGUUUCUCGGAAGCUCCACCAGGGGGCUCUCAUGAGCAGGUCCGGUCUGUGCCGUGAGAAACUGAGAAGCCAGCAGGGAGAUGAGCUUCCUGAUGUCUCCUGACAUUCCUGUGAGAAGCUGGGGAUGAGAAAGUUGUGUGGUCCCAGCUCCUUGUCACCAGUUUUCUCCGAAAAGGAAAAAAAAUAAUAAUAAUGCAUCCUGUCAAGUACUCAUGGUAUUCACCAAGAGAGGUGACAGUUUCUCAAGCAGCUGGCAUGGAGCACAUCUGUGUCCGUAGAGGGUGACCUUCGGAAGGGACAAUGUGGUUUCUUUCUGUGAGACCGUGUGAUUUCUAGUCACACAUGCUAAGUGAAUCCUUUUGAAGGCACAAGAGCAUCCAGUUUUACUUACACCACAGUCUGGUUGUGAUUUAUAUUUUAAAGUGUAAUGUUAAGCCUCAAUGCGUGUUGCAAGUAGGAACCCCUGUAAAAGCUGGUCUUUUGUGUCUGCGUUCCUGUGUGCAUGCUCUGUCCAAAUGAGAUGCUUACCUUAAACAGGACAUUUGGAAGGGUACUGUUCCAUGACUGCUUUGUGCCUCCUUUUCUGAGUCUCACGGGGUGAGGGAACAGGUGGAAAUGAAAGCCUGACAGAGGA